AUAUGGAUUGGGAUUCUACCAAACGAGAUUUGGAAAGGGACUAUACUUUCCAAGAUGUGGAUAAGUCUCAACAAGGCAUGUAUAGGCCUCAACAAUACAUGACAAGACCUCAACAAAACAUGAGAAGGCCUCGAGAUAAGCAACCUAGAGUUAAGGAAGCCUGCUAUGGCUGCUUUAAAAGGCAUUGUAAAUGUAACAACAUCAAACCAUGCGAACGUUGUAAAAAAAUUGGCCUUCCUUGUACUACUAAACGCACGAAAUCUUCCUCAGAGGCGAACUUGACUAUAGAAAGAGGAAUUCCAGGUCAAGCUAACGGUUUUAAAUUAUUAGUUGGCGUUGAUGUAUCGGCACUAUCUUUUGACGUAACAGAUGCACUCUCUACUGACGUAGCUGAAUCAUCAUUAAGAGCCUAUCAAGAUAAACCAACCAUGGACAUGGUCUCAAAUGGUAAGAAAGUGCAGUUGUCGUUAAAUACUCUUUAUAUAAUAACAAGUAGAGAUGUAGAAGAAUCUUCCCAAUGA